GAAUAAGAGAUAGGGAAAUAUAAAACAGAAAUUAGUGGCUUGCUUAUAGUUUCCAAUCUCCACUCAUCACCACCACCACCACACCACACCACCUCUCUCAAUUCUCCUCUCAGCUCCUCUCUCUAUCUGUUUCAUUUCACUCCGACUCUUUCCUCCGUCGAUCGCUUUCUCAUCCACCCACCCUCUCCUCUCUCUCUCUCUCUCUCUCUCUCUCUCUCUCUCUCUCUCUCUCUCUGGCCACCAUGAGUAAGGGACCGGAUAUCUUCGCCAAUAUCGGAAAGAAGGCCAGAGAUCUGUUGACGGCGGGAUACAGCUCCGAUCAGAAAUUCACCGUCUCCACGUACAGUGGCCCCGUCGGAGUUGCUCUCACUUCAACAGCUUCUAACAAGGGUGGACUCUCCACGGGAGAUAUUGGUGUCGUGCACAAGUACAAGAACCACAUAUUCGAUGUGAAAGUCGAUACGCUAUCUAAUAUUGCAACCACCCUCACAUUCAGUGAUAUCCUUCCAUCAACAAAGGCAGUUGUUUCAUUUAAGUUGCCUGAUUAUAACUCUGGCAAGUUGGAGGUUCUAUAUUCCCAUCACCAUGCAACUUUCACCUCUGCUGUUGCCCUGCACCAACAGUCUCCAGCAGUUGAUGUUUCAGUCACUGUUGGUACCACAGGCAUUGCGUUUGGCGCUGAAGCAGGGUACAAUACUACUUCUGGUAGUUUCACCAAGUACACUGCUGGGAUUAGCAUAACAAAGCCAGAUGCCUAUGCUUCAGUUAUUUUGGGUGACAAGGGUGAUACCAUCACUGCUUCAUACACUCACCAUCUGGACGAGUCGAAGAGAAGCGCAGCUGUGGGUGAGAUCAUGAGAAGGUUUUCGACCAAUGAGAAUACUUUCACUGUUGGUGGCUCACAUGCCAUUGACCAUUUGACACUGAUCAAGGGAAAGCUGAACAACCAUGGGAAACUUGCAGCACUUCUGCAGCAUGAAGUAAUACCGAAGUCACUGAUGACCAUUUCUGGGGAAAUCGACACCAAGGCCUUGGAGAAACAUCCCAAGUUCGGCGUGGCAAUUGCUCUCAGGCCUUGAUCGAUCUCUUCGGGGACGAAAAGUUGUUCCGAAAUCCGAUUCCACAUUGUUUGGAGAACUUUUUUUUUUGUGGGUUAGCAUCUCUUUUCCAGUCCCAUGGACAGGGGGCACUUGAAGGAAGUGUGAAUAAGUAGUUCCACAGGUUUUGCUAGGAUUUGAAGUUGCUGUGGAUGGACACUUUUGAUGCUCCGGGUCUCUUGGACGAUUGAGAUAUUUUUCAAUGUUCCUCAUUCGUAAUGUCUUUUGAAUUAUGAAUUUGAGUACAUCAUCAAGUUAAGUUGGGAGAAUUUAAAUUUCAUGCGUGUAAAAUUUUUUUCCAGGUAAUUUGAAUUAACGGUUUCGAAAUGA